AUGGGUUCACUGCAGGACGACAGCGUACCGGACCUCACGCCACUCGAGCGUAUAGGCCCAAAGGGGUACCUCCGCUAUGUCUUCCCCUUCCAGCUCCCGGAUAACUACGACAUGGAGGAAGCAGCCCGAGUGCUAAGAGCGGGAUACAGCGCCACCAAAAAGCAACUUCCAGUUCUCGCGUGCGAGGCGGUGCUGGACACGGAAUGGAACCAAGCGGGCGUGAUGAAGCUGAAGAAGAUGGCAGACGGAGAGAUCGAAGACAUCGUCGUGAGGGAUCUCCGGGGGCCCAGGGCCUUUCCGAUGGGGUAUGCGGAGCUGAAGGAGAAGGGGUUCCCGGUGGCGGCGUUCGAGGCGGACGUCGUGUGUCGGCGGAGCGUGUGGCCGACGGCCGGAGAGAGGCUUCCCAUCUCGUUGGUGCAAGCGAACUUUAUCUCUGGCGGAUUGAUCCUCUCAUGGUGCAUCCUGCACAUGGUCGGCGACGGGAAAACCUUCUACACGUGGACGCAGGUGUGGGCGAGGGAGUGCCAGCGCGCCCAGCGCGCCGACCUGCCGCCGGUGGACCUUCCUGCCGCCCUGUUCGACGACAGGGAACUGCUCAUGAAGAGCAGCGGCCGCAACGCCGGGCGCUUGGAAGACCACCCGGAGUACACGCUGCUCCCCUUCACGCCGCCGGGCGCGCCGCCCAAGAUGAUGGCGACCAACCACCGCGGCCAGGUCUUCUACCUCUCCAAGGCCGCCCUCGAGGCACUCAAGGCCGAAGCGUCGCCGGCGAAUUCCACGCAGUCCUCGGCGCAGAAGUGGAUCUCGACGAACGAUGCCGUGUCAGCGCUGCUGUGGCGCACCGUCAUGGCCGUGCAGUUCCCGCUGGACCGGCUUGAGGGCGACCCCGUGUCGGUCUUCAACAUCGCCAUCGACGGCCGGCUGCGUACGAAUCCGCCAGUGCACGAACGGACACUGGGCUGCUUCCUCGAGUAUGUGGGAAUCAAACUACCGAUCCGGCGGAUGCUGAAAUCCUUGAACCUGGCGGAUAUCGCCGUCGAGAUUCGGAAGGCGAUCCAGAAGGCGGAUAAAGACUUCACCGACGAUGUGACUGCCUUGAUUGAGAAGUUGGACGAUGUCGAUCGGCUGGUGCCGACGGCCUUUUUGGACGUUCCGGGAUUCAAUUGCGUGCAAAGCUCUUGGAUCAAUUUUGCACUGUACGACCUUGAUUGGGGCAACGCCUUGGGUGGCCGGAUUGAGGCCGUCAGGUCGCCAGACGUUGGUGUGCUGAAUGGCCUCCAGGUGGUGCUCCCGGUUCUGCCAGACGGCGGUCUAGAGAUCUUGAUGGGCGUGGAGGAAAGCUGCCUCCAUAGGUUGAUGCAUGACCCGCUGUGGACACGGUAUGCGGAGGCAAGGUGA